ACUGACCGGGUUCAAAGCGUCCUGCAGCACCGAGCAGAAGGGGCGGCCUAGGCGCUCAACCCGCAUGCCACCCGCUGCCGCCGCCGCCUCGGCGGCUCUCCCCCGGGAGGAGCUCCUCGGCAUCGCCUCGCCGCUUCGCGAGUUGCUCGCCGCGGCGCCCUACGCGCCCCCAGAGGGCUCCUCCACCUCCAUCAAAUCCCUUCUAGCCUCCCUCCUCCCGUUCCCCUCCCAACCCUCGACCGGCGGGGCACGCCAGGAGGCCGUGGACCUCCUCCUAUUAUGCGCCGCCGCCCGUGCGGCCUCCGCGGAAGCCCCCGCGCUGCACUGGGUCCCCGAGGGACUCUCGAAGGGGGCGGCGGAUGCGAUGGAGGAGAUGGCCGCGGCGGGAGGAUGGCACGGUGUGGCGGAGAUGGUGGUGGCGAUGAUGACGGAGGCGGUGCCGCCGCUGAAGGCCGUGCUGAAGGAUACCAACACGGACGCCGAGGGCGACGUGAUUGGCGCCGCGACGCCGCCCAAGGAGCACGCAGUUGUCGCCGCGCACCAGUUCCGGUGGCUGUUGUCUCAGGUUAAUUACCCAAAGCUUGGGGAUCUUUGUUGGUUAGUCAUUCCAUGUGCUUUGACGGCAUUGGACCAUUGGUCACCGGAUGUGAAGGAACAGGGAGUGGUUAGCUUCAUGCACAUAGCAAAGAAUGUGAAAGUGACAGAAUUAAGUUUGUACGAAGAUGCAAUACUUGAUGCGUGUUGCAAUUACAUUCCUGCAGAUGAUGACUUAUGGUAUCACAUUGUUGAGGUAUCUGUGCUGCUGUUGACAUGCACACAAAGAAGUAAUCCUCGUAGCCCUUGGUACGAUCGAAUGCUUAGCGCAAUGUUGGGCCACCUGGAACGGCAACCACUAAACCAAAAACGUCGUAUUGCAUGGCUUACCCUUAUCGGGCCAGUUUUGGAUGCUAUGGGCCUCUUCCUAUUGGCGCAUUUCCGUCUCCUUUUCUCUCUGUGUUUCCAAUGGAUGCAUGCUGAUGAUGAUCAAACAGUUCUUCUGGUUUUGGAGCGAAUUCAUACAGUUGUUAAGCUCACCUGGAUAAGAAAGUCACCUUACACUUCAAGGCUGGUAGAUGAGCUUGUUCUUUUAUAUAAAGAGUCAGCCAUGCGUAAGAGCCGUGAGGUCAUCCGAAAUCACAUAGUGGAAACACUCAUGCUACUCCAGAAAUGCAAGGGACAGCAGUUUGAGAAAGCUUGGAAGAAGCAUGAAGUUGACACAGAUUUAACAUUGCUGCUAUCCCGUUUCAACGAUUUAUGCAUGCAAGAUAUAUAGUUAGCCAGAGUUUUGAGUUCAACUGGCAUUCUUGACGUAAAUAGUUGUUUAAUGUAGAUCAAAGAAAUGCUGUUAAAUCAUGGCUCUUAGUGUCCGAAUCUGGAUGCAUGUAUUUGCUGCUCGCCGCUGGACAAUAGACUCGCGUCCAGAUAAAAGCGUGGUAGCGAUAGCUAGAUACACGAACUGAGGCAAAAUAUCAAGUGCAGUGCAACCCGCUCUUGUGUUGUAUUGUGUACCUGGCUUUGGCUGGGGCACCAAAUGAACAUGUAAACUCAAAUUCUUACUGUAUUUUUUUUCUGUUGCCAUUUAAUUUAUCAUUUGUAGUAUCUUC